AUGCCAUACUCUCUAUCAGGUCGCAAUGUUUUGAUCACCGGGGGCUCACGGGGACUAGGUGCUCUUACAGCUGAAAAGUUUGCCGCCGAAGGAAGCAACGUUGCUAUCAAUUACAUGUCCAACAAGGAGGCUGCGGAUAAAUUGGCCGCGGAUAUUGCAGGCAAGCACAAUGUGAAGACUGUUGUUGUUCAAGGUGACGCCGGUAUCAAGGAUGACUGCUUCAAUGUCGUUAAGACCACGAUUGAGAAGCUGGGUGGCUUGGACAUUAUCAUCUCGAAUGCCGGAUGGACCAAAAUGACCAACUUCGGCGAUCUUGAUGCCAUGGACGAAGAUGAUUGGGAUAAGUGCUGGUCCGUUAACGUGAAGAGCAACUUCCACCUGUUUAAGGCGGCUUUGCCCACUUUCAAUGCGAACCCUGAAGGUGGCGCUUUCCUCAUCACGUCUUCGAUUGCUGGUCUCACGGCAACGGGCAGUAGCUUGCCUUAUGCUGUGACCAAAGCGGCUACCCUCCAUCUUAUGAAGUGCCUUGCCAAAACCCAAGGCUCCAAAGUUCGCAUCAACGCCGUGCUGCCCGGUCUUUUGCUCACUGAAUGGGGCCAACGUUUCCCUCAAGAGAAGAUCGAGGCCUGGACAAAGGCCACGACUCUCAAAAAAGUACCGGAGGUGGAAGAUUGUGCAGAUAUGUUUAUCACACUGGCGAAAAACACAUCCAUGACUGGACAGGCACUCACGAUUGCGUGA